CACCCCCACCACUUCAAUCAUCGUUACUUUCUCCACCAACCUUCCCCACCCAAAUUGUCACGGUCAAGUUAUAGUACCGUUGGACGUCCUCAUAGCCCUGGCCGAUCUCCUUUGGGGCUAAUGGCCAUUCUCCGUGGGACGAAGAAGAAGGUGGUGUCCCAAAAUAGAAAUAGCUGGUGGCCACUGUUCCUAGUGGUGGAAGAAGAAGGAGAAAUAGUUUGUCCUGGCCAAUCUCCCUUAGUGGUGAUAGAAGAGAAAGAAGAUGGCAUUGGAAGACAUCUUGGGAGCUGUCACUCUUCUCAUAUUGCCGGUGUGCUGUCGUUGGAACGGGGCACCAGUCGGUAGCUGCAGAACCAUGGACCCCAAGCAUAACGUCGGCCCCAAGGAGAUACCGCACGGAUACACUUUGAAGACUGAGAACGAGGGUAUGAACUUUAAUGUGACACUCAGUGGCGAUGUCUUCAAGGGCUUUAUGAUCCGUGCCAUGAUAAAGAAAGGAACAUCCGAAAACUACCUUCCAGGAAAGUUCCACAGCACGGAUUCCGCGAUCAAGUGGUUGCGCUGCGACGGCAACGAUGCGAGCGCUGUCACACAUGGCAACAGCGAGAGGAAAAACCUGGUUACCGUCAGCUGGACGGGAUUCACUUCUCCUAAACACACUCCAAAUAUCUUCUUCAGUCUUGAGUCAUUCCAGGGCAACCGUUGUGCAGAAUGUCACUUUCUACUGGUUGAGAAUUGAUUCCGAGGUGAUUGCCUUGGGCUCGGCUUCUCGUUGUGGCUUCAACAUGAUCCUCUCCUUCUACGUUGCCUGCCUUCAUACAUUAUUCCGAUAAUAAAAAGUACUCGAAAGGUACAUUGAUGCAGUCA